AUGUGUCUCGAAAAGCGCAAGCUCUACACCGUCUGCGGCCACGUCUCGUCCGGCGUCCGACUUUGCGAGCAGCAGCGUCAACUAGAAGAUGCCUUUGAAGCCCCCUCGCCUUCUAAUAUCAACGGCAGCGGCAGCGGCGUCCCCACCACCUCCAAAAUAUUUUUCUGCCCACGCCUCAGCAGCCUCAUUAAUCCAUCAACUCCACAAACUCACCACCGGCCUCCUCCUUUCUGUCGCUUACCCUACCCGUACUUCACCGAAACACGCUUCGGUUUCUGCGGCCGCUGCCAGGCUUACUACCGCAGUACCUCCUCCAGCUUUGCCUUCCCUCCUCACUCCGCCUCAUCUGCCGACACCGAAAUCGGAACUGAAACUGCAACCGAAACCGGAAUUUGUGAUGACCAGAACGUCCGUGGUUGGAACGAGCCGGUGGAUGCGGAGUGCGUGCCUGGUAAAGUCAUCUUUGACAAGGAGACUGAGUAUAAGGAGGAUCCGAAGGUGCAGAGGGGGGAGAUAAUUAUGCUGGAAAGGCUGGUGCCGUUCUGUGGGGAGGAUGUGGGUGGCAGGAUUAUGAAGUUGGAGGAUAUUAGGUGGAAGACGAUUAUGUGGGGGGAGGAGGGAAGGAAGAAGAUGGAGUGGAAGGGGGAGCUGGAGGGUGAGAAGGAGCAGGAGGAGCAGGAGGACGAAGAGAAGGAAAAGGAGGACGAGGAGAAGGAGAGGCAGGAAUAUUCUGGGCCUAAAAGCAGAGAGCCAGAGACAAGUUCUCCCCACAGCACUGCCGCUACCGCCACGGACUCAGACGUGGCCGACGAGCUCGUUAAGAGGGCGUUGACCUCGUCGUACCAUAAUGUUCUGGCAAGACUUGCUAUGAAUGCUUCCGACCAUCAGUCCUACCUUUCUUCUAUCCACAGCCAGGAGACCCAUUUCAGCCAAAUCACUCAUGAAGAGUACGACGGCGACGAACGCAAACGUCUCAUUAACAACACCACUAAAGCAGCCGACCUGCAGCCUGAGUUUUCCGCCUCCGAAGUUGAAGACAUAUACAAAUAUGACUACCAACAAUUUUCAGAAAUCACUGAAGAACGAACAUCGCAGUACACCAAGUCCCAGCCGUUCAAGGAGCUAGCAUCGCAGCCAUCUUCUGACUCCUUUCCUGGAAUCGUUACUAGCCUGUCUCCAAUUCCGAGAAAAAAGACCGCAUUUCCUCCCAGGAAACAAUCAAGCUCGAACCAUAACAGUACUCACUCAGUACGCUUGACGAAAAGCAAUCUAGCCCGCUUCAUUGAGGGGACUGAUUCAGGAGGAGGAAAAGACGAGACACUGAGUACAUCAACCGUUCGCGUAACAAUCCAACCUCCGCAUAGUCCCACUGCGUUCUCCGUGGCUGCUGCUGUCAGCACCAGAACAACAACCAACAAUUUCGUCAAUUCUUCCCUCCCGGGCCAACCGAAAUCGAAAAACGCCGAUUCACAAACCACGUCUCCUGUUUCCACAGCCCAGUUCCGACCUUCUCCCAGCCUUUCUCACCACCUCCUUUCUCCCAGUCGUGCUCCAUGUCCCGCAAACGCCACAGUGGGCGGCGGUGGCUCAAUCCAAUCUUGGGAGGACUUCACCAUUUCCACUCCCUCCCAGUCCAUACACUCAUCCUGGAGAGAAGGCAGACAAUCUCAAGUAACAGAAACCGGCAGAAAUGGCAGCGGCAGCAGCGUUGCACUCGGUCUUGGCCAACUCAUACUCGCCACCAACAGUCCCAACCUGAGCCCGAAUACCUCUGGGCGAAACACACCUCGCUUGAGACGUACUCCCCGCAUCCAAGGCACGCCUCGGCUUCAAGCGCUGCAUGAGGAUAUUUACCUGAACCCGGAGCAAGAGCACGUAGACGAUGAUAGCGGGUCUGGUUUGGGAGCACCGGUUUUUGGGGAGUUGGCUGCGGGGAUUGUGGAGAAGGAGAACGACAAAACGGAGGGGAAGGGGAAGGACAUACACUAG